CAAUGGGCGAGGGCUUGAUUCUUUCAACUUUCUCUGUUGCUAAAUCUGUGACCCUCUUAAUGAAACCCAAGGGACUGUACAGAAGAAGAAAAAACAAGACAUUUUUAAGAAACAAUUUAAAAUACCUCUUGCUGAGAUUGUGAUUUUUUUCAUUUGCCCUUCUUAGAAUGUACCAAGGAGAAAAGAAGGUUUUUUUUUUUUUUUAAACUUUAGUUUCACUUUCCAGAUUGCAGCAAACUUCGUCACUUCCCAGAUGAAAACGACUGGAUUUGAACUAAUGAAAAAAGGAAUGGUCAGCUGCCAUCAGAGCAGAAUCAUGAGCAGGGAUUUGCUUUAUCGUAUCUACUCCUUUUUGGGACUGUUGCCCUUCUGGAUACUGUGUACAUCUUCUACCAACAAAUGUACUGUUAGACAUGAAAUAGCUGACUGCAGUCAUCUGAAGUUGACUCAAAUACCUGAUGACCUCCCAACAAACAUAACAGUGUUGAAUCUUACCCACAAUCAACUCAGAAGAUUACCACCUGCCAAUUUUACAAGAUAUAGCCAACUUACUAUCUUGGAUGGAGGAUUUAACACCAUCUCAAAGCUGGAGCCAGAACUGUGCCAAAGUCUCCCUUUGUUGGAAAUUUUGAACCUCCAACACAAUGAGCUAUCUCAGCUUUCUGAUAAAACCUUUAUCUUCUGCAUGAAUUUGACUGAACUCCAUCUAAUGUCCAACUCAAUCCAGAAAAUUCAAAGUAAUCCCUUUAAAAGCCUGAAGAAUUUAAUCAAAUUAGACCUAGCUCAUAAUGGUUUAUCAUCUACUAAAUUAGGAACUCAGCUGCAACUGGAAAACCUCCAAGAGCUUCUACUAUCAAAUAAUAAAAUUUCUGCACUAAGACGUGAAGAACUUGAUUUCCUUGGCAACUCUUCUUUAAAAAGAUUAGAGUUGUCAUCAAAUCAAAUAAAAGAGUUCUCUCCAGGGUGUUUUCAUGCAAUUGGAAAAUUAUUUGGCUUCUCUCUGAACAAUGCCAAACUGAGCCCCAGUCUCAUAGAAGAGCUCUGCUUGGAAUUAUCAAACACAAGCAUUCAGAAUCUGUCCCUGAGCAACAACCAGCUGUACACAACCAGCAACACGACUUUUGCUGGGCUGAAGCAGACAAAUCUCACAGUGCUCGACCUUUCCCAUAACAGCCUAAGUGUGAUUGGCAAUGAUUCCUUUGCGUGGCUUCCACAUCUAGAAUACCUCUUUCUGGAGUAUAAUAAUAUACAACAUCUGUCUUCUCGCUCUUUUUAUGGGCUUUCCAACGUGAGAUACCUGAAUUUGAGACGAUCUUUUACUAAACAAAGCAUUUCCCUGGCUUCACUUCCCAAGAUUGAUGAUUUUUCCUUUCAGUGGCUAAAAGUUUUGGAGUAUCUCAAUAUGGAAGAUAACACCUUUCCAGGCAUAAAAAGCAAUACUUUCACGGGAUUGACAAGGCUGAGAUGUUUAAGUCUAUCCAACUCCUUCUCAAGUUUGCGAACUUUAACAAAUGAAACGUUUUCAUCACUUGCUGGUUCUCCUCUGCUCAUACUCAACCUAACCAAAAAUAAAAUCUCAAAAAUAGAAAGUGGUGCUUUUUCUUGGUUGGGCCACCUAAAUGUACUUGACCUUGGCCUUAAUGAAAUUGGGCAGGAACUCACAGGCCAGGAAUGGAGAGGUCUAGAAAAUAUUGUUGAAAUCUACCUUUCCUACAACAAAUACCUAGAGCUGACUAGCAACUCUUUUGCCUUGGUUCCAAGCCUUCAACGACUGAUGCUCCGAAGGGUGGCCCUUAAAAAUGUGAAUAGCUCCCCUUCACCUUUUCACCCUCUUCCUAACCUGACCAUUCUGGAUCUAAGCAACAACAACAUAGCCAACAUAAAUGAUGAACUGUUGAAGGGUCUUGAGAAACUAGAAAUUCUGGAUUUGCAGCAUAACAACUUAGCUCGCCUCUGGAAGCAUGCAAACCCUGGCGGUCCUAUUCAUUUUCUGAAGGGUCUUUCUCACCUCCACAUCCUUAACUUAGAGUCUAAUGGCUUUGAUGAGGUCCCAGCAGAAGUCUUCAAGGACUUACGUGAAUUGAAGAGCAUCGAUUUAGGAUUGAAUAAUUUAAAUAUCCUUCCGCCAUCUGUCUUUGAUAAUCAAGUGUCGCUAAAGUCAUUAAGCCUUCAGAAGAAUCUCAUAACAUCUGUUGAAAAGAACGUUUUUGGGCCAGCAUUCAAGAACCUGAGUAAUUUAGAUAUGAGCUUUAAUCCAUUUGAUUGUACAUGUGAAAGCAUUGCCUGGUUUGUUACUUGGAUUAAUAAUACCCAUACCAACAUCUCUGAACUAUCAAGCCGUUACCUCUGCAACACUCCACCUCAAUAUCAUGGUUUCCCAGUGAUGCUUUUUGAUAUAUCACCCUGCAAAGACAGUGCCCCAUUUGAACUCCUUUUCAUGAUAAAUACCAGUAUCCUAUUGAUUUUUAUCCUUAUUGUACUCCUCAUCCAUUUUGAAGGCUGGAAGAUAUCUUUUUAUUGGAAUGUUUCAGUGCAUCGAGUUCUUGGUUUCAAAGAAAUAGACAGACAGCCAGAACAGUUUGAAUAUGCAGCAUAUAUAAUUCAUGCCUAUAAGGAUAGGGAUUGGGUCUGGGAACACUUUUCCCCAAUGGAAGAAGAAGAUCAUACACUCAGAUUUUGUCUGGAAGAAAGGGAUUUUGACGCAGGUGUCCUUGAACUUGAAGCAAUUGUUAAUAGCAUCAGAAGGAGCAGAAAAAUUAUUUUUGUUAUAACACAGAAUCUACUGAAAGAUCCAUUAUGCAAAAGAUUCAAGGUGCACCACGCAGUUCAGCAAGCUAUUGAACAAAAUCUGGAUUCCAUUAUAUUGAUCUUUCUUGAGGAUAUUCCGGAUUAUAAACUGAAUCAUGCGCUCUGUUUGCGAAGAGGGAUGUUUAAAUCUCACUGCAUCUUGAACUGGCCGGUUCAGAAAGAACGGGUAAAUGCCUUUCAUCAUAAAUUGCAAGUAGCACUUGGUUCCAGAAAUUCAGUACAUUAAAUUUAUUUAAAGACUAAAUUAAAGGAGUAACUUUCCUAAUUUAAACAAGGCCCAUGGUAAACUUACAUUUUACUUGACAAGAAUGCAAAUCUGUUCAUUCAUAUUUAUAAAUAAGAAUACCACAAGUGUCUCUCUUCUAUGGAGAUAUAUCUCCCUAUUUCAGGCCCUUCAUUACCAAUCGAGUUAAUUUUACCCAAAAUGAACAGGUAAGAAUAUCCUUUACUAAUGAAUACACGGUUGGGUUACUGAGGCCUAUGAAAACAAAGUUUUAAAGUAUUCCUCAUUUAAAGAAAAGUUAGAGGCAUAUGAGUGUUUGUGAUAAUUAUAUUUGGGUUUUUUUUUCUGGAUGCACUCAGAAUAAAAUAUAACUUUUAUGGGUACAAUACUGCUUCGAUUGUGAAAGAGUAAAACAUACAGCCAUAUUUUUAAAAGCUGAAUUACAGCAAUUUUUCAACUGAAAAGCAUUGUAUUUUAGUGGCGCCUGUCACAGUGUUGAUUUUGUUAAAUGUUAAAUACCAUUUCAAUAUACAUACUCAGGACAGAAAACGUUUG